CUUGGGAGUCGCCGGACCGCCGCCGCUCAAGCGCUGUUGAGGUCACAUGUUUGCCAGGGAAACGGAGACUCCCGGCUCCUUGUUUUUCCAGAAGGAGAGGGGGAGAGAGAGGGGGAGAGGGAGAGAGGGGGGAGAGAAAGCCACAACCGGGCGGCCGCAGCUGGAGCCAUGGAGCUGAAGGGAAAACUUCUCCUCUUCCAACUUCUGUUUCUUCAAAGGACCGGGGUCCUCAUGUUCUCAGCGUCGAGCGACCCCGGCAGCUUGGACAGCAUCGUGGUGUCCGUGUCCAACGUGUCCGGCCGGGCGGGGGCCCAGGCCGUGCUGCCCUGCUACAGCGUCCGCAUGGUGUGGACGCAGGACCGGCUGCAGGACCGGCAGCGCGUGCUGCACUGGGAUCUGGAGGCCGACCCCGACCCCGACCCCAACCCUGACCCCCGGGCCCGGCCCCGGCCCCGGCCCGCCCCCGAGCGCCUCUGUGACCUCUACUCCACCGGGGACCUGCGCGUCUACCGGGACUUCAACAACGACCGCAUCCGACUCAGCCCCACGGCCUUCGCCGAAGGAAACUUCUCCCUGCUCAUCCAGGACGUGGACACGAGGGAUCAGGGCGUCUACUCCUGCAACCUCCAUCACCACUACUGCCAUCUGUACGUGACCGUGAAGGUCCGGCUGGACGUCACCGAUGACCCCCGGGAGGCGCGGGCCUACUGGGACGGCGAGCGGGAGGUGGUGGUGGCGGCGCGGGGUCGGACGGCGCUGCUGCCCUGCCUCAACGGCGCUCCCGUGUGGACGGAGCGGUCGUCGGAGGAGGCCCAGCAGGUAGCGCACUGGGACCGCCAGCCCCCGGGCGUCCCGCACCACCGCGCCGACCGCCUGCUCGACCUCUACGCCUCGGGCGAGCGCCGCUUCUACGGGCCGCCGCCCCUCCAUCGACGCCUGGCCCUGCCCCCCGACGCCUUCGCCCGCGGCGACUUCUCGCUGACCAUCGAGGGCCUGCAGCCGGCCGACGAGGGCCUCUACUCCUGCCACCUGCACCACCACUACUGCGGCCUGCACGAGCGGCGCCUCUUCCGAGUGUCCGUGGGCCGGUCCCCGACGGGGGGCACCGCCGCCCCCGACCGCCGCACCGCUCACCCCGCCGCCCCAGACCCAGACCCCACCCUGGUGCGCGGCCACAAUGUCAUCAACGUGAUCGUCCCCGAGGGCCGAGCCCAGUUCUUCCAACAGCUGGGCUACGUGCUGGCCACCCUGCUCCUCUUCCUGCUGCUCCUCGUAGCCGUGCUGCUGGCCACCCGACAGCACCGCCGCAGGGGCUACGAGUACAACCUGAAGAAAUCCGAUGGGAAAGAUGUGAAUCUGAAGGAGUGUGCCGUUGACCCCGGGGACCUGGCACCGAGCCGGAAUGAGGACAUCCAACUAGAUUACAAAAACAACAUCCUCAAGGAGCAGGCUGAGCAGGCCAAGAACCUCUCGGCCAAGAACGUCGACUUGGACAAAGAAUUCAGGAAAGAAUAUUGCAAGUGAAGAUCCCCGAAGCUCCUGGCUGGACCAGCAGCUCCUCUCCCCUCCCCUCCCACGCCAACCGAGAGACGGUCUCCCCAGGUCCACCUCCGUCCCCGCCCCGGCACGACGGAGCCCCCACCCUGGCACAACGUCCCUCCCCCUCGCCCGGAGGCCCCCGGCCCCCAGCAGCCCGGCGGGCAGACUCUGCUCGCCACCCUGUCCGUAUGGCCUCGGCUCCUGGACUCCCCCGCCCAGACCUCCGCUCUGCCCUGCUCCUCCCUGGGCCGGGCCGGUGUUGCUGCAGUGUCCAGCCUGGUGCCCUGGCCAGCACCGGCCCCAGGAAUUUCACCCCCUCAGCCAGCCUGCCCCGGCUCCCGUCCUCUCCCCGGCGGCGGCUAGGGCCGCAGCUUCCUCCCCCUCCGCCCCCAACCCUCCCAUACUCCAUGUGGGCAGCUCUGAGGACCGACUAUGGGUCAGCCCCAGGAUGGGGGGACACGGGGGUCCGGGGUGCAGACAACACCUCGCCUCCCGCCCCGGUCCCCACCCCUCUUCCUCCUUCCCUCUGCGCCCCUCGUUUCCUUCCCCCUCACCCCUCCAGAGCCUCACCACCUGUCCUCAGCAGGCUCUGGCAGCCAGGUCACCGGGCAGAAUCUCCGGGUCAUUCGGCUGGGGACUGGUCACUUCCCGGGUGACGUCACUGCGGGGGCGAGGGGGGGUGGGGUGGCUGUUCCAUCCCACCCCACCUGGAAAGGGACCUCACAUUCCUGAGUGGGAAGCCCAGCCCCACCUCGCCUGUCUCUCUCCAGCUGCCCUCACCCUCCGCCUGGCCUAGCCCAGCCUGGCCCAGCCCACCAUCGCUGGGAGAAGAGGAGGGAAGACAGGCGGAUCGGGGUCUGGGGCGUUUCCUCAUUUCGCUGUUCAGUCCCUCCAGGAAGGAGGGGCCGGCGAGAGGCCUCUUCUGCGGGCUGGUUCCCUGGGGGGCCCUACAUGCUGGAAAUAAGCAGAAACAUCUCCAGUAAGGAGGAGCAGGUGGAAGAUGGAGGUCCAGAGACCCCCAUCCUCGGGGGGAGGGUUGAGUGGUUCAAAUUCCCACUUCCCUGCACCCCAGACAUUUCCCAGCGGGGCCUGGUGCUUGGGAGCACUGAGAUGCUUGACACUCCGUGAUGGGGUUAUCCCCAGACUGGGUGACAAGGUGCUCACGGAGGGACCCUGGAGAAAGGCAAUGGGAGAAGGAAUUCGUUUCUCAAAUAGAUUCGAUGGAAGUAGAUGGGACACAGGUCCCUGUCCCACGUGGGCCUCUAGACUGUGAGCUCAGUGUAGGUGGGAAUGUGUCUGUUUGCUGUUAUAUU